AUGCUUCUUGCACCCAGUGGUUUUGCUGUAGGGGUCAGAGGCACUACUUCAUUAAAUGGGGCGUGGGACCCUGAGGCCACGUGGCGAUUUGACCAUAGUAUCUUUGGCCGUCUCUCUCAUGGACCUCGGCCUCGGCCCAUAAUUCGCACAAACAACUGUGGCCGUCUAGACCCAUCCCGGCCCAAGCAACUGGACCGCUGCUUCGUCACAGCAAUACGGUCAGAGCAAUCCGACCGUUUCACCAUUACAUACGUCGUUAUUGCCGUCAGGCUCCCAUCUUCACUACUGUUCGGCCGUUUCAACUACAACCCAUACAAACCCCGGUCAAACCUACGACGCAUAUCUGGUACCACCCAGCUCAGUUGCAACGGCCGAACCCCCCGUUCAAGUGGCCCAGCAGGUAAGGCCGCAGAACGAGGGGCAACAAGUUCCACGGCCAGUCGCAGCCCAGCAAGAAGCACCCCCUCAGGAUCCUCUGACCGAAGACGUCUAGAGCACUACCAAGGACGGCUCAGCCCAGAGACGGCCGAGGGCACCGAGUUAUACUAA